AUGGUGACCAACAGCGUCUUCUCGACCUCGGCCAGAGUGCUCGCAAGCGACACAACUAUCCAGCCUUCCGGCACUGCACCGAAUCCGAAGCGUAUAGAUCGUGACAACCCGUUCGAUGGCAAAGCAGAGCCUACAAUACUGAUUAUUGGGGCUGGCACUUUUGGAACAUCAACUGCCUAUCAUCUCGCACACAUCUACAAAGAUCCAUCCAAAGUCACAGUGAUUGACCAGGCGCCGUCUCCGCCCAAACCAGCGGCCUCAAUCGACGUCAAUCGUGUCAUUCGAACCGACUAUGCCAACAAGCUCUACUGCGACCUAGCAUGUGAGACCAUUCACCCAUGGUUCUGGAGCGAAGAGCUCGGUCCAUACUUCCACAAAGUCGGCUGGCUCAUGCUCGAAGAAGAAGGCAGCAACCUCACAUCACGCAUCAGAGAGACCUUCCUCAGUCGAGGCUCCACUCAAGCAGAAGACAUCGCCCUCAACAAGAUCCCCGAAAAAUUCUCCUGCCUCAAAGGCACCUCCACCGAAGGCUUCCAAUCCUCAUACUUCAACCCCGAAGCAGGCUGGUGUGACGCCGCCGCAGCAACGCACUCCUUCAUGAAAGCAGCCGAACGCAAAGGCGUGCGCCGCAUCACCGGCACCGUAACGGAACUCAUCCACAACCCCUCCACCAACCGUAUCGAAGGCGCCAAAACAUCCGACGGCCGCACCCUGCACGCCGACAAAGUCCUCCUCUGCGCCGGUCCCUGGACCUCCCAAAUCCUCUCCCCAACCGAAGACUCCCUGCACUUCCCGGAAGACCAAACCAUCGAAUCCCAAAUCCAAGCCACCGGCCUCAUCGCCGCCUACUACCACUGCACCCCAUCCGAAACCACCUCCCUCACCACCCUCGGCAACAGCACCCAAAAAACAACCUCCUCCUGCCCCGUGAUCAUCUACGGCGGACUCGGCGAAAUCAUCCCCCCGGGCCCUUCCAACCCCCUCAUGAAAUUCGCCAACUCGAAAUCCGGAAUCCUAAAUUCCAUCCCCAGCAGCAGCAGCAGCAGCAGUCAACGAAAAAUCUCCGUCCCCGCCACCGACCAGUCCACCGUGCCCGAAAUUCUGAAACAAGAAACGCAAAACUUGAUCAGAAAACAACGCGUCCUUCCGCACAUGACGGAGGGAAAAGUCCCCGCGUAUUGGAGAAUCUGCUGGGACGCGCAGUCGACGACGGAAGAUUUUUUAAUCUGUGCACAUCCGGAUGCAAGACUGCAGGGACUUUUUUUAGCGACGGGGGGAAGUUUUCAUUCUUAUAAAUUCCUACCCAUCAUCGGAAAAUACAUUCUCAACACUUUAUUUUCGAUUUCCAACGGGGAAGAAAAGGAUCGGGCGUGGGGAUGGAAGGAGAAGGAGAAUCAGACACGGGUGGAUGUUCAUGAGAAGGGGCUUUUGUCCGUGAAGGGUGUGGAGAAGAGGGAGUUGAGGGAAUUGUUUGAGAUGGAUGAUGGGGGUGGGAAGGAAGUAGGGGCGAGGUUGUGA